AUGCCUCGUUAUGAUGAUCGAUAUGGUAGUACUCGUCUUUAUGUUGGUCACUUGUCGUCAAGGACUCGCUCGCGUGACCUGGAGCAUGUCUUCAGAAGAUAUGGGAGGAACAUUGUACCCCCAGGUGUCUGUGUGUUUAACUUGAAUGAUCUUGUUGAAGGUUUCUGGCUUUUGCCUAACCUGGAGGUCAAUGGUGAGAGGGUGCCCUUGGUGGAAAUUCUUGCCGAUUCGUCUUGUGCGGCGGUGUGUCGUGCACUUCCUGUACUUAAGUAUGAUGGCCUUACUGUUUCUGCAACCUUCCGCAGAGUAAGAGAUGUGGAUAUGAAGCGCGACUAUGCCUUUGUUGAAUUUAGUGAUCCCCGGGAUGCUGAUGAUGCAAGAUAUAGCUUAGAUGGUCGGGAAUUUGAUGGAAGCCGUAUUAUUGUGGAAUUUGCUAAGGGAGUGCCACGUGGAUCAGGUGGUUCUAGAGAAUAUCUAGGCAAGGGUCCUCCACCUGGGUCCGGACGGUGCUUCAACUGCGGCAUUGAUGGUCACUGGGCACGAGAUUGCAAAGCUGGGGACUGGAAGAACAAGUGUUAUCGUUGUGGAGAAAGAGGACAUGUAGAGAGAAACUGCCAGAACAGUCCCAAGAAGCAGCUCAGACGUAGUCGGAGUUACUCACAGUCACCACCAGUGAGAUCACAUUAUCCUCGCAGUGGAAGAAGCCGGAGUCGUAGCUACAGUCGGUCGAGAUCCCCUCCAAGGAGAGAGAGGAUUGUUGAGCGUAAAGAGAGGAGAUCAAGGAGCCCUCGUUACAGUAGAAGCCCGGAGCAGGGGAAGGGUUCUCCAUCCCCCUCCCAGUCAAGGAAGCGCAGCCCAACACCUGAUGAGGGCAGCCCAAGGGGGAGAGAUAGCCCUUCUCUUGAGAGAGAAAGACAAGAAACUGAGCGAGACGGUUCAGUCCAUAGUCAGAGCCCUAUGGUGAGGGGCAGGAGUCUGGUGAGCCCCGAAAGAAAGAGCCCUUAUGAGGUUAAUGGUCAUAGCCGCAGCCCAAGUCCUGCAGAUGACAGGAGCCCUGUUGAUGAUGAUGAUGAUGAUGAUAAUGGCUUCUCCCCAAGAGGCAGUGCAUCACCUUAA